GGGUACUCAAUUUGAUUGGCGAAUCUCGGAUCCCAUUACGAAAAAAGCCUUGCAAUAACCAUGAUGUCGUUCACGAAAUUAUUUUUGCUAUAUUUGGCUAUUGUCUGCACAGUGGGAUUCACAAAGGCUGACUAUGUAGCAGGUGUGGUAGAGAUUGAGACUAUAACAGGUCAGAAUCCAAAUGAAAGGGUUGAAGGAAACUUACAACAAUAUGUCGAAACUAUUGAAAAAGCUCGGGAUAAAGAAGUUCAAAUCAUUGUUUUUCCUGAGUACGGUCUAACAGGAAAAGUCGAAUCUCCAAGCCAAUACGCUAUAGAGAUCCCAUAUCCAGGAAGUGCAACCAAUUUUAGUAACUUCUGGUUAACAGUACUAUCUAACGCUGCCGUGGCUAAUCAGAUGUACGUAGUAGUUAAUUUAUAUGAACAAGAAAGAGACAAAUCCAACAACUCAAUUUAUUAUAACACUAACGUAGUAUUCGGAAAAGCCGGUAACAUUGUUGCAAAGUACCGUAAAAUAAACGUAUACAAUGAACCAGCCAUUACAUCAGCCGGCAAGAACUCGAUACAACCACAGUCAACCUUCACCACCGAUUUCGGCGUAACCUUCGGCACCUUCAUAUCCUACGACAUUAACUUCUACAAUCCUGCUAAAUCCGUGACGCUCAAUAAUGUCACAGAUGUAGUGUACACGGCUGCUUGGAAAUCGCGCGUACCAUUCUAUCACUCUAUAUCGACCCAGCACGGUUAUGCUCUGGCUAACAAAGUCAAUUUGCUGGCCGCUAAUCUGAACAAUGUGAAAGAAGGCCUAGGAGGAAGCGGUAUUUACGGUGCUGAUGGCACUAUUUUUGAUAGUUACAUCUCAGGUGUACCGGGAACUAAGUUGAUUGUUGCUACAGUGAAAAAUGCCCAACCAGAAACUCCUUUUACAACGUUCGCUUUAAAAGCUAUACCCGGACAUGUACCCACAUUGGCUGAUUUCAACGCAUCCAAAUACUUCGAAAGCCACAAAUAUGAAUUCAGGAAAAUAAAUCUCUCUCGAUCGGCCAUCAAAGAAGAAGUAUGCCAGAAAUAUUUCUGCUGCAGUUUCAAUAUUAACGUCACUGAGAAUUCCGUUAAUAAUUCAGAUAUAUUCAAAAUAAUGGCUUACAAAGGCGAGGUGAGAGUGGGCGAAAUAAAGGACGUUAGAAUAUGCGCGCUGGUGUCCUGCGAAAACGACGACGUGAAAUCCUGCGGCGGCAGAAACGUUAAAACGACCACAAAAUUCAAUUCCAUAACCGUUGAAACCAACAUUCCGGAUUAUCCCCAUCAAUAUGUCCUGCCGAUUUCGUUGACUGGAGAGAUGGUGCCCGUUCGUAACACCAAGAUGGAAUCUUCCGUUAAAAAGUCGGUCAGAAAUUCGAAAUAUUGGGCGACAGACGUCCAACAGGAGAACCUUAUCGCUUUCGGGUUUAUAGCCAACGGAGGUGUUGUUGUUGCUUUUAACAAUAUUCUGCUUGUUGGUAUUUUAUAUAUAACCUAUUGGUUUGUGUAAAAAUUUAAUUGUAUGUUAAUGUAUUUGCUGCUGUAGAGUUGCAUUUGUAAUCAGUUUUUGUAAUAAUGGUAUCAUUUUUGACAGGAUGAUUGUAUUACCUACUGUAUAAUUAAUAGAGGUCAAAAAUAUAGAACCUACAUACAAAAAGUA